AUGGAUAAGACUGACCAUUUUAAAAAAUUAUCUGAUCAAGAGGUGACUUUACAAUUUAAUGCAUUGAAAUCGGAAUUACAGAAUAUAGCACAAAAACUAGGAGAACUAGAAUCUGAAUCUGAAGAACACAAAGCUGUGAUUGAUACAUUGGCUCCAUUAAGUGGUGAUCGUAAAUGUUUUCGACUUGUUGGUGGAGUAUUAGCUGAACGGACUGUUAAAGAUGUUUUACCAGCAUUACAAACAAAUUAUGAUAUGAUUCAAGGUGUAAUAGAUCAAUUAGUUAAAAAUUAUAAAAAAAAGGAAGAAGAAUUUAUUGCUUUUCAAAAAGAUAAUAAUAUUCUAUUGGCAUAUACGCACCCUCAAUCUAAUGCACAUUUAAUUCAGCCCAAUAUUAGCACAGCCCAAUACAUCCUUACCAGACCCAACCGUAGCAAGAAUUUGUUUAGCCAAACCAUUGUUACUGGUGAAAUUGUUGAAAGUGUUAAAAAUCGUCUUGUUACAUCGAAUGCAGAUAGCUGUUGGAUCAGCAACAGCAAUCAAAUCAAGAAAUUAGAGAUUAGUAAUGGUUUCGCAUCAGCUUUACAUCUAUCUUGGACAGCUUUAUGA